AUGGAAGAAAAUUUGAAGAGCAUCAUAACCGGUUCUUCUCUCUACUUGAUUUACAUAAAACUUGGAGUAUCUCAAACUAAUAAUUCCUCCAGAGACUGUAUCCUCGCUAUUAAAGGAAUAAGAGAGGAAGUACAAAUAGCUACCAAGUUUGGUAUAAGUUUCGAAGAUGGAAAUACGGGUAUUUGUGGUGAACCUGCAUAUGUAAGGGCUUGUUGUGAGGCCAGCUUGAAGAGACCGGAUAUCGACUGCAUUGAUCUGUAUUAUGUUCAUCGCAUCGAUACUCAGUUGCCAAUUGAAGUCACGAUGGGAGAACUGAAGAAACUCGUUGAAGAGGGUAAAAUCAAAUAUAUAGGUCUAUCAGAGGCUUGUGCAUCAACAAUCAGAAGGGCCCAUGCUGUUCAUCCAAUAACAGCUGUUCAGAUGGAAUGGUCUUUAUGGACUAGAGAUCUGGAGGAAGAAGUAGUUCCUACUUGCAGAGAACUUGGCAUAGGGAUUGUCCCCUAUAGACCUCUCGGACGAGGAUUGUCACGAUCAAAAAACUGAGGUCAUGAUGGCACACAUCUCAAUAUCCAAUCUGAUGUGUAACCCUAAAAAUAAAACUCAUACAAGAC